AUGAGUUGUUUCCAAACUUCAGCGAGCCAUUCCUGGAUUUAUCCCACUGUGAUCCUCUGCCUGUUUGGAUUUUUCUCCAUGAUGAGACCCUCAGAACCCUUCCUUAUGCUGUAUUUAUCUGGGCCAGAUAAAAACCUGACCAGUGAAGAGAUCACAAAUGAGAUCUUCCCCGUGUGGACAUACUCAUAUCUGGUGCUGCUUCUCCCGGUGUUUAUCCUCACUGAUUAUGUCCGCUACAAGCCAGUCAUCAUCCUACAAGGGAUUAGCUUCAUCAUUACCUGGCUGCUGCUCUUGUUUGGCCAAGGAGUGAAGACCAUGCAGGUUGUAGAGUUCUUCUAUGGGAUGGUCUCCGCCACCGAGGUGGCCUACUAUGCCUACAUUUACAGCAUGGUCAGCCCAGAGCACUAUCAGAAAGUGAGUGGCUACUGCAGGAGUGCCACGCUGGUGGCCUACACGGUGGCCUCAGUGCUGGCCCAACUCUUGGUAUCCCUGGCCAGCCUAUCAUACUUUUACCUCAACGUCAUAUCCUUGGCCUCUGUUUCCAUGGCCUUACUUUUCUCACUUUUCCUACCAAUGCCUAAGAAGAGCAUGUUUUUUCAUGCAAAACCCAGCAAAGAAGCUCCUCCAAAGCCACCAGGAAAGGAUGCUGUCUUAGAGGAACCUCAAAAGGAUCACGAACCAGCUGGACAAGUAUUCACUGUUUCAGGGAACCCAUAUGAUGGCCAGUGGAGCAGCCCAAAGCCGGAAAGUGUAGCUUUGAGAGUUUUUGUGCAGUGGUUACAAGAUUUGAAGGAGUGUUACUCCUCAAAACAUCUUUUUUACUGGUCCCUAUGGUGGGCUUUUUCCACAGCAGGUUUUAACCAGGUUUUGAACUAUGUUCAAGUCCUGUGGGAUUACAAGGCCCCAGGCCAGAGUUCUGUAAUAUAUAAUGGAGCAGUAGAAGCUAUUGCAACCUUUGGAGGGGCCCUGGCUGCCUUUGCAGUGGGUUUUGUGAAAGUCAACUGGGAUCUUCUGGGAGAGUUGGCUCUGGCCAUCUUCUCGGUUGUCAAUGCAGGCUCUCUAUUUCUCAUGCAUUACACGACCAACAUAUGGGUAUGCUAUGCUGGCUAUUUGUUAUUCAAGACCGGCUAUAUGCUUCUUAUCACCAUAGCAGUGUUUCAGAUCGCAGUUAAUCUGAGUGUGGAACGCUAUGCCCUGGUGUUUGGAAUCAACACCUUCAUUGCCCUGGUGAUUCAGACCAUUAUAACCGUGAUCGUAGUAGAUCAGGGAGGAUUGGGGCUGCCAAUCAGCAUUCAGUUUUUAGUUUACGGGAGUUAUUUUGCAGUCAUUGCUGGCAUUUUCCUAAUGAGAAGCAUAUUCAUUAUCUACUCAACCAAAUGCCGAAAGACAGUGCAGAGCUCUGCUACAAGUCAGAAUCCAUAUGGGCUACACCCAGAAGAACCAGAGAACAACUAA